GCGGGGAGUGUGCUGGGGAGGGGACCAACUGAGUAGCAUCAAAACAAUUCUCCAUUAACACAGGGCUGCAGAAAAGUUGGAAUCGGCUGGACUUUAGAAUCAGUUCGACUAUUUCAUUCAAAAGAACCGGCUCAAUAGAACGAUUCGUUCACGAAUCAGACAUCACCAGCCCUCAAAGAAACAAGGAAGCUACGCGCAGGAGCUGUUAGCUCGCUAAGCUAAGGCUGCAACUUUGACAGUUCGCCAGCCUGUCAGGAAAGUUUUAGUACACUGUGCUAAGAAAGCAUUAGUUCUAAAAUAAAUAAACACAUCGACUCUUCGGCCGGGUUUAGCUAGUAACGGAAAGAGGAUGUCUUUCAUUUUGACGUUGUUUCGUAAUGCCUUUGACGGAAUCUUCAGCUUAAUCAUGAGGCUUUUAGGCAUCAAGAGAAGACCUGCCAUAACCCUUGAGGACCCCAAUGUCAAGUACCCUUUGCGCCUAGUAGAUAAAGAGAUUAUUAGUCAUGACACUAGGAAGUUUCGCUUCGCUCUGAGAUCUCCAGAUCAUGUUUUGGGGCUUCCUGUGGGUCAACACAUUUACCUGUCUGCAAAAAUAGAUGGUAGCCUUGUAGUGAGGCCUUACACUCCAGUGUCCAGUGAUGAUGAUAAGGGCUUUGUGGAUCUGGUCGUUAAGAUAUACUAUAAGAAUACUCACCCAAAGUUCCCUGAAGGUGGCAAGAUGUCUCAAUACCUGGACAGUCUUCGGAUUGGUGACACAAUUGACUUCAGAGGACCAAGUGGCCUGCUAGUUUACCAGGGCAAAGGAGAAUUUGCCAUCAGACCUGACAAGAAGUCACCCGCAGUGAUUAAGAAUGCAAAACGUGUUGGUAUGAUUGCAGGAGGAACAGGUAUUACUCCUAUGCUACAGAUCAUUCGAGCAAUAAUGAAGGAUCCAAAAGACCAGACAGUGUGUUACUUGCUUUUUGCAAACCAGUCAGAAAAAGACAUUCUUCUGCGCCCAGAGCUGGAGGAAAUUCAGGCCAAUCACCCUGACCGAUUCAACCUGUGGUACACCCUUGACAAGGUUCCUCAGGACUGGGAAUUCAGCCAGGGUUUCAUCAGUGAGGAGAUGGUGCGGAACCGACUUCCUCCCCCCGGAGACGACACGCUCAUCCUCAUGUGUGGCCCUCCUCCCAUGAUCCAGUUUGCUUGCAACCCGAACUUGGACAAAGUGGGCCAUUCUCCUAGCAGGCGCUUCACCUUCUAGAAAACGCACUAAUACUGGGACCCAGUUAAGAGGCCGUUAUACUGAAAAGGUCCAGGGUCAUGAUCCAAUGUCAUUGCCAUCAGCAACUUUGUUUGAGUAUGCAAUCAAGGAAUCUCUGAACCAAAUGUAAAAGAGAGGUUAGAUUAUUUGUCAGAUAAAUGUGUAUUAUCAGUGUGGAAAAGGAAUAGAUUAUUUGUCCCUGCAGAAUUUAGGGAAAAAAACAGGUUUUAUUUGCACUUUUUACAUGCUAAAUCAAUACUAUUAUACAUAAUGCUUUUUUUUGUAAGGCAUGUAAUGCAUUUUUUAAAUACAAACUGAACACUGGUUAAUUGAAUAACAACAGCAUAUCAUAUAAAGUAUUUACAGUGUUCUGGAAUUUUUUUGAAGCACUUGUUUAUUAUUUCAGUAAUGGAAAUGUAUCUGGGUUUGCGUUUGUAUUCAGCUUGUCAUUUAAUGACACCAAAAGAAUAAAUUUGUCCAUCCUUUUUUUUUUUUUAAGUGCCUUAAUUACUUACCUUAUAGCAUGACAGAAUAUAACUAUUUCAAAGUAAGAUAAAAAUCACUCUAAAAAAACCUGUGUUAUGGAAAAGUGUGCUUAACCAGCACACAUUGAACAUCACAGUGAAGGCCCAGCCUUUCCACAGCAGCUGGCUUUUGUGAGGUUUUUUUUGAACACAGAAACUGCUUACUUUGUUGUCAAAAUAAAAAAAAUACGGUUCUGUGUAAUAAGCUUUAAUACUUUUUAAAAGUGUCACAUGCCCAGCAUUUAGUGAUAUUAAGUAUGUUGCAGCACAUCGAGUUUCACAAAUAAAAGAAUAUGCUUCA